UUCUUGCUGCUUUAGCAUCCCCCAGCAACUCCAUCAAUAACGCAUGUAGUUGGGAAUGAGGCAAGGGACCCUGUCACAGUUUGGGUUAGCCCCUGCAGCCUCACUUCUUGCUUUGACUCGUACCAUUACUGUGCUGUUGUUGUUGUUGUUUUUUUCCAUUCCCUGGGAGUGGGUGCUUGGAGAACUAUGCCAGUGCUGCUGAUGCACUGAUGCGAGGACGGGAGAGAAUAGACAUAGGCGGAUUUGAGUCCUCACAGCGGAUCUUAACACGGAGAAAUAGGGGCGAGCUAGAGGACCUGCACUAGCAUGCCAUCGUUUUCAGCCGAACACCAUAAGGACUGACCGGAUCUUACUGCACCUGUUCUUCAGAGACCUGGGCUAUGAGGAGGAGCUGAUGUCUGUGAUGGCUGCCCUGGACCUGCAGACCUCCAAACUACUUCACCAUCACUGCUGUAGCUUCAGAAUUCUACCACCUCCUAGAAGGAUCUGACCCAAACACCCCCCCACCUCCACAUCUCCAGGGCUUCCUUCAGCUGCCUCCUGGCACCACUUCAGGCCCAUCAUGGGAGGAUGUCUCUCCAAACCCAAACCAGUUGAAGUCAAGGUGGAACUGACACUCCUUGAGAAGGAGAAAGAGGCUGAUGUGAUAUCCCCCAAUGGCAAGGCCAGCCCGUUCUCCGACUGCCGGCCAAAUGGAACACCCGGACAUUGCUCUGAUGAGGACGUUUCUGGCAUCCUACGUCCCAUCCACAAGCCACGUGACUAUGUGGAAGCCUCCGUCUGCCAUGUCAAGGACCUGGAAAAUGGACAGAUGAGAGAAGUGGACCUGGGGUGUGGCAGGGCCCUCCUCCUCAAGGAACAUGGAGAGUUCUCUGCAAUUGCUCACAAGUGCCCACACUAUGGGGCGCCACUGGUGAAAGGUGUCCUGUCCAAAGGCCAUGUGCGAUGUCCCUGGCAUGGAGCUUGCUUCAGCAUUGCAAGUGGAGACAUUGAGGACUUUCCCGGACUGGACAGUCUACCAACCUUCCAGGUUAGGGUGGAAAAGGACAAGGUGAUAAUUCGGGCCAACAAGCAGGCCCUUCAGUCGCAAAAAAGAACAAAACUGAUGUCAAAAUGUUCAGCAGUCAUAAACUCCAGCACUAGCUUCAGCCACGUUCUCAUCAUUGGAGCAGGUCCGGCUGGGCUGGUGUGUGCCGAGACAUUGAGACAAGAAGGAUUCACUGACCGUAUUGUGAUGUGCACCAUGGAAAAACAUCAUCCCUAUGACAGGCCUAAACUGAGUAAGUCUUUGGAAAGCACAGUGGAGCAGCUCAGGUUGCGGUCAGCUGAGUUCUUUCAGAAUCAUGACAUAGAGUUACUGACAGAAAAAGAGGUAGCUUCAGUGGAUGUGAGGACAAAAACCAUUACUUUUCAAGAUGGGUUGAAAAUGGAAUACAGAAAACUUCUUAUUGCCACAGGAAGCAGACCCAAGCCUUUGAACUACAAAGGCAAGGAUGUAGAAAAUGUGUUUUACCUCAGAACACCUGAAGAUGCCAACAACAUUGCCAGGCUUGUCAGCAACAAGAAUGCUGUAAUUGUAGGAACGUCAUUUAUCGGCAUGGAGGUGGCAGCUGCACUCACAGACAAGGCACAUUCAGUCUCUGUCAUUGGGGUUGAAGGUGUGCCGUUUCGGAAAGCUCUUGGGGAGAAAGUGGGGAAGGCAAUAAUGAAGAUGUUUGAAGCCAACAGGGUAAAGUUCUACAUGCUGAAUGAGGUGUCUGAAAUGCGAGGCCAUCAUGGACAGUUAAAGGAAGUAGUCCUGAAAAGCGGAAAGGUGUUGAGGGCUGACGUGUGUGUCAUUGGUGCAGGCUCCAGCCCAGCUACUUCUUUCCUAAAACAAAGUGGGAUACACACAGACUCCAAAGGGUUCAUAACAGUCAGCAAGACAAUGCAGACAAAUGUUGAUGGGAUUUUUGCAGCAGGGGAUGCAGUCACAUUCCCUCUGCCACUGCGUGGCAACAAGAAGGUCAACAUCCCACACUGGCAGAUGGCUCACUUGCAUGGUCGAGUAGCAGCGCUGAACAUGAUGGGCAGGGUCACUGAGAUAAAGACUGUGCCUUACUUCUGGACGGCCAUGUUUGGGAAAAGUAUACGAUAUGCAGGUCACGGAGAGGGAUUUGAUGAUGUUAUCAUUCAAGGUGAUCUGGAUGAGCUGAAAUUUGUGGCCUUCUACACAAAGAGCGAAGAAGUAGUGGCAGUGGCAAGUAUGAACUACGACCCCAUUGUGUCACGAGUGGCAGAAGUGUUUGGAUCAGGGAAGACGAUUAAAAAACGCGAUGUGGAGACUGGUGACAUGUCUUGGCUGAUUGAUAAAAGUACACAGUGAAUAUCCUGAAGUGCAUGUGAAGCAUGAACAUUUGGGUCAGCUAUAAAACAGAGCAGCUUGCAGUGCUGUGACCAUUACCAGUUUUAGGGCAUAGGGCUAACCAACAACAGCUGCACGGAUCACCUCCUUUCUAAGCAAAUCCCAAGGACACAUAUGUCACAGCAAAAUUGUACAUAUUGUAUUAUUAUUAGUGUAAAUGAGGCGUAAAUGGUUUCAACCAGCUCAAAAAACUGUAUGGCAAAUCUUGAGCCUGGACACUUUUUAAACUGGACUACAAAGCAAUACUGGGUUUAGGUUGUGUGCCUGUGCAUGAUGUAUUCUUGUACACUUUGUUUAUAGGGUCAUUGUCAUUUUUUGUACAUCUAACUUUGUAUAUAGCUACAGCCUACACUAUGUGAAGUGUAGCAAUACAGAACAAUACAGAACAAUUUAUACUGAUCUUCAAGAGUUUAAAAUACACGUGCAUUGCUUGGCUGCAUUAAUUUCAGCAUAUGUGAAAAUCGGAUCUGCAUUUAGGCUGUUCCCCAAAAUACAUAGCUGUUUUUUGCACCCACAAAUUAACUUCUUAAAGGACUUUUUAAACAAGAAAUUCUGAACUCAAAAUACAAAGUUAUCUUCUUAGAAAGCCAUUAUAAAGUAUAGGUUAUAUUCAGCAUUGCUGUAUGAGAAUACUGACAUAAAUAUGCAAUACAUCUCCAAAAAAAGCAAUGUAAAGUUUGUCAUUAAAGUGUUAAACAAAUGCAAAUAUGCAGAUGCAUUCGCAAACUGGAGCAUGGAUUCCCAUUUGACUUGUUUGGCCUGAUGUGCUGUGAGUUCAAAUUAAAAGAAUACAGGUGGCGUCUUUUUUCUUGGUACAUUUGAUAGCCCUGCUCGUAGAUUACGUAAAAAAAAAAAAUGUCUUUUUAAUUAUGUGCAACAUAAAUAUGCAGUAGUGCAAUAUGUGACUUCAUUUUCUCUUAUCUUGAAAGUAUUCCACAAAUUCUGAAUGGCUUUUUAGAUGUUGCUUUAAAUGGAUGUUCCUUGUUACUAACUCAGGGACCUGAGGUUUGGGGAGGGUUCUGGGACCAGUAUUGUUGCCAAAAUAAAUUUUGUUUCUUUU